CCCCCCCCCCCCCCGGCGUCCCUCUCUCUCUCUCUCUCACAGCGCGUGUGCACCUGAGAACCUGACCUAAGCUCUCGAAUCAUCUUGUGGAUUUUCAGAGCGUAAAACAUUUCCGACAUGGGAUCCGGGAGUGGUGAAAGCAUUCUCAGUGUGCUGCUCCGGAACUUCGAUGUUCUUGCCUUGCCUGUGGUCAGUCUUCUUUAUCCGCUGUAUGCCUCAAUUAGGGCAAUCGAGACUACGUCUCUCGUGGACCAUCAGCAAUGGCUCACCUACUGGAUUCUGUAUUCUAUGAUUACCCUUUUCGAACUCACCUUUGCCAAAAUCAUUGAGUGGAUCCCAAUUUGGCCAUAUGUGAAGCUGAUACUGCUCUGCUGGUUGGUCAUGCCAUACUUCAGUGGUGCUGCAUUCGUCUAUAAGCAUUUUGUCAACCCACAGACGGUUAAUAUUUGGUAUUUUCCAAAGAAGAAGAAUGUAUUCAGGAAGCAAGAUGACAUUCGAAUUGCUGCUGACAUUCUAACUGCUGCUGAGAAAUAUAUUGAAGAAAAUGGAACAGAAGCGUUCAAGACGCUUCUCAGCAAGUUGAUAGGGAAGAGCAGUAUAGAAGGAGCAGCAAUUACAUGGUUUUUGAGGAUCAUAGAUAUUGAGCCUUGUUGAUCCCCACAUGUUUUUGCCAAUACCUAGUUGCUUGUGUUCAGGCUACACCUACGAGUUGUAGCUAGGGUUGUUGCUGUGGUUUAUACUUAGUUUCUGUAAGACAUAGGGUCUGGUUGAUGGAUAGAAACUGCUAUGAUAUUACAGCCUGUAAUUAUUGUGGUUUUCCAAUCUUUCCUUCUUUCUUUUUAUCCAUGCACAAUAAGAACUGUAAGACUGUUAAUUGUUAAAAAUGUUUAAAUUGUGUUAUUUAAUGGUAUUGGAUCUAUAGAACCAACUGAAAAAUUAGAUGCAUGGGGUAUCAGUCCUCGUAAAUAAUUUGUUGCUUAAGCUGGAGCUUAUUUUAUCACUGAUUUGAGGUGCCUUAAUUCAAGUAUUUAUGAUUUGACAGAAGGCAUUCCCCCUAGCAGUUCCAACUUUGUGAAAAUCUGGCUUUCAGAUAUGUUACCCUUACUCUUAAGAUUCUUAUAAUUCUUAUUGUGUGGAUUGUUUUCAUCAGCCUUGAACACUGCACUGAGCUCGUGGUUAAGCACGUCAUCGUUUUUGAGAUCGUAAAACAGAUGCCUGACCACUGAAACGUGGGUUCCCCAUGCAGUUUCUGUAUUGGCACCAUGAUUGUCUUCUACUUUGCAAUGCAACAGAGAGAGAUUCAAAUUGCAUGCCUGGAUUAUAGACCAUUUUAUUGUGCAGCUAAUGGCUUCUAUUCAUUUUAAUUUUUGUUUUGUUUUGUUUGGUUUGGUUUGGUUUGUAAUUAAUCAUGUUGGGAUUGAUGUCAUGUCUAUGCAACCAAUUAUUCGUUCAACA